UGCUGUUAUGAUCUCGGCAUUCUAUUCAAUUCCUCGUUCUGAUAGGACGCGGUUCGCCAUUGGGUACCUGCCUAUUGAUCAUCAUGAAUCAUGAUUCAUGAUACAAAGAGGUCGGAAAGGGAGUGCGCUUUUCAAUGUCUUUUACUGCGUGCAAAUGGAUCUCUGCGUGCUUGUACGAUGUUGUUAUCCCGGUCCAACGUUACAAUACCCCCUCCUCCCCCCGGAACAAACUAUCUUGCAGUUAUUAGGCCAUCUUUGGCAUUCAUACUGACUAGCACCGUGUUAGCAUCGCUCCUUAUACCAAUCCUCAUCUCCCUGCUCGUGUUCUCGACUCCUCAGAUUCGCCGCCACCCGGUCUUUGUGCUCAAUGUGCUCGGUGUCCUUCUGGGCUUAACGGAGGGGGUGGUCAACGUAUACAACGCGAUGCAUACCAUACUGUACCCAACAGUGACAGAGUCAGCAGCCGCCAUCGUAGCAUAUGGUGCUCUCGCUUUCUACGGCUCACUUGUGGUCGAGAGUACGCUGGUGAUACGUCUCACUGUAGCGUAUCCUCGGAGCACAACUUCCAAGGCCAAAUUCUGGUCGAUCUUGUCUGUUCCGAUAACCCUCAACGUGAUUCGCACCAUCAAUAUCGCUGUCUUUCUCGGACAUCUAGUUACUGCAAUCUAUGGUUCAAAGCACUCCUUUGCUGCAAACGCAAUAUCACUGGAAAAUUGGCAAAUAAAGUUAGAAUGGAUUCUGCAGGCUGUUAACAAUGCAUUCGUAUCGUUCAUGUUCCUACGUCGUCUGCCUCGCACUGGUGCUUGUAAUGGAGUUGUCCAGUCAAGUAAGACGCUUGGUCGCAUCAUCCUCUGCACCAUGCUCAUCCCCUUGCUAGAUGCAAUGGUUAGUCGCCUUCGGGGGCUCUUCCUCAUCGCACUGUCCAAUUUUGUUUUUCCCGUCAUCCUCAAUAUCAUCCAACUUGGCCUUAUUUUCAGCUCUACCACGUCAUCCAUCCAAGCAUCUAUUGUAUUCGUGGUCAACAAUUACGUCAAUAUCAUCGGCGUCGUGUUUGCCACAGUAUGGUCCAUUGGCUCACGUAGAUUGGAGGCAUCCCUUCCUCCUACUAGAUCGCUGUUCAAUGAGGGAAGUGCCAUCGCGGCUGGGAGGAUACGCAACGCUGAGGAUAUCCUCAAUUUCAAAUCAGUCAACUUGGCGGAGAGCGUUGAGCUUGAAGCCAACAAGCCUAGGACAUCAAUUGAUAAGAGUGCACCUACAGCUCAAAAUAACAAUGCAAAUGUUUGAGCAUGCAUAUCUUAUUAGAUGUUCUGAAUUUUAUCUCUGAUGGGCAUAUAGGGGCAUAUGUACUAAAACUACUUCGUUUCUGGCAGCGUAGACUAGUUACUAGUAUUGUUUGGAACUUGGCUCAAACUUGACAUGCUUGACAUCUUUCCCAUUAUUAUUAUUCUCCCG